AUGGAAGCUAAUUGUUCAGAUAUUUAUUUUAUCUCUAAAUGAGAAAAAGACAUUUAUAAGGUGGAGCAUUGGCAACUCUCCAGGCUAAACUUCAAUCUGUGAGAAACAUACAAUUUUGGAUAUCAAACCUCAUCACUUACACUUUUCUUUCAAUUCUCGAAAAUGAAAAAUCUCGUGAAGAAAGCUUCAAACUUUUCUACCUUAUCUUGAUUUAUACCAUGAAGCUUCAUUUUUAGUCUCAAUGGUGGUGCCUAUUACAAGUAAAGAUGCUAACAAGUUUAUUAAGAAGAAGUUUACUGAUUUAAAGUCUUUAAAGAUCUCUCAUUCUACUUUUACAACUCAGAGAACCCAAAAAGAAAGUUUAUCUGGUAAAACUGGAGAUUUGACAAAGAACAUUGGCUUUAUCACUGAAAGUAUCACUUUGAAUAGCUUUUUAAUCAAUGAAAAAGAGUUUCGAUCACUUUUGAUGGCAAGCUGAAAAUUGGAAAAGUUUAGAUUUGAACUCUGAAGAAUUCUGAAUAAAAACAAGAAAACCUUCUUUAAGCCUAGAUCCCAAAUUAAAUUAAUCUCGUUCUAUCAAAUGGGAGUCCUUGAUGCUCAUGAAGAUUUUGAACGAGAUCUACUUAGCACAAACAUAUCUUUACAAAGCGAUUUCUCCUUUCAAAAUCCUCCAUUGUUGAGUAAGAAAAAAGAUCUUUACCAAAUUUUAAACAUAAUUAAAUCAUGAGUAAUCUUAGACUGCUUCAAUACCAUUGAAUUUAUUGAUUGAGAUGCUAAGUUGAGUCAUCUUGAGCAAUUCAUGGAAGCUCAGCCCGAGAUAAAGAGAGUCUGGAUUAACAUACAAGUAACAUAAGAUGACCAGUA